AUGAAUACCAAUCGCCUUCCCAGCUGCCUUUGCGGCGCCAUCGUCGCCAGUGUUGGCUUCUUCUAUUUCUUGGUCUACGCAGUGCAAUUCCUUCUCUUCCAUCUGCCGACCUCCCUGGAUUUGGUACCCACAGCUGUGCUCGUCCUUCUUUUCGCUGUCGGCAUUGCAUCCUGCUAUCUGUAUGCCGCUCUGAGCUAUGUGAUUGAGAUCAUCACAGACGAGCCACUGGCAAGUGAGAGUGGUCUUAUCAAGCUCGUGGGGACUAUGUCGAUAUGGGCUACUGCCCUGCCUGCAGCAGGUUUCCUCCUACCGAUUUGGUCUUGGACACAGCUCGGCUACCUUGUUGGCUUGACAGCAGUUGCACUAGGUCAUCUUCAAGUCAGAAAUAGACAGUCAACGCAGCGUUCCGGCACUUCUCUUGAUAUCCUGUCCAUCAUCAUGCUAGCGCUGAUGCCAACAAUGCAUGCUCUUGCGGGGCCAGCGUCGUUCCCGAGCCCCCUCGCUACUGCAUUUGUGAAGUUGUUGGCCAGCAACAUUUUCGGGCUAGUCAUCUACAUGUUGCAGCCAUUGGAGGCUUUGGGAGUUCCACAUCUUUGGGGGCCUAGCUUUCAUGCGAUGUGCUUGAUGACCACCAUUGCGCUCAUUAUUUAUUCGCACGAGGUGAUGCAAGUGCUUAUUGCACGAAUGGCUUAA